GAUAAGGUACGGAAUACCUAGCGUAAAUCGCGAGUGUUUCACAUAACGACCAAAUUUAACAGAGCAGCUGCGCGGAGGCUGACUGGGUUAGUGAUGGAAUGAAGUGUCGUCUAAUCCGUAACGUAACGCAAGGAUCUAUAGCGACCCCGUGUAUAGUUUCGAAAAAAAAAAUAUUUGUGAGAUACCUCGAGUUCGACUAAAUAAUCCGCCAGUGAAAUAACCAUGUCAUACAUCGGGAAUGCCUCAGAUGUGGAGCAGGAAAAAAAUCUUACUGAAUAUCGUCGCCAGCGUAGUUCCAGUAAUCUGAUGCCCGAAAGUUCUAAAUCCGGGCGCAAUCCUAAGUUAUCCGAUGUGCUGUGGAAUGACAAACGAGGCAAUCAGGGUAACCAAUCCGACGAUGAUGACUCGGAGGUAUCCGAUAGUGAAAACUUUUUGGCCAAAGGAGCGUUCCUUAUUACGCCUUCGCACGAGCUCUCGAUGGAUCGAGCGGCUAUGAUUUGCGAAAAGAUGAAUUUCAAAGGUUGCUUUAGUCUUACAAAAACGGCCACCGGAAUACUGUUCAAAUUUUCUAAUCCAGAAGACUACCAGGCCGUAUUUAAAAAGGGCUUCCAUAAGGUGACGGGUGCCCGUUUCUACAAGAAGGUAGCCAUUCCCUGUCGGCCACAGAAAACUUUCAUGCUUUACGUGUUUGAUGUACCAGACGACGUACCCGUCGAGGACAUUCGCCACUCGCUGUACCGAUUCAGUUCGGUGGUGGAAGUUGUUCGACUAGUUGUGCACUACCAGAAACAAUCGAAUGUCCAGGAACAGGAACCGAAUCCGACCGGUUCUGCCACCCCGAAGCCCCAGUUACCUAAACUACCAACGCCAAAACCAAUCGAUGAACAGGAUGUGGCCCUUCAACGGGAGUCUCCACCGCCGCCAAUCCGGAUCACGUUAGCCUCUAUCGAUGAGUACCAUCUUCUGUUGCAGAACGGGCUGGAUUUUUACGGUGCUACAUUUUUCCCCACGGAACCGACGCUCCCGGCACAGGCCGCCAGAAUUGCCACCAAGAAAGGAAGUCGCAUGAUCGAUGGCAGCAUACCAGGGCGUGUUCGCGAAUUGCUUCCGGUAUUUGAUGCCGCCGGUUUCAGCAAAAUUCCUCCGCCGGCUUCCAAGACGAUCAAACCGCGCCCAUAAAAUUGACAAAUUAUAAUCGCUCAUUGUAAGAAGCAAAAAACCCCUAGAAAAUUGCAAAAAGCAAAAAAACUGAUCGAAAUAUACCGCACUGCUGGGUUCGAAUGGUUUUAUUGUUUUGAAGGCUACGCUCGAUUAGUUCCGACUAUGAAAACAUCAACAGAACACGAAAACAAGAAUGAAUGAGUUUCUGUAGUAUCAUGACUUUCGCAAACUACUUUUAUCCGUUAUGAUAAAAUAUGCAGAUCUACUAUUUAGCCAACAUAACAGCAUCACACACAUUCGUAUAACAAAGAUUAUCUCUAGACAAUUCAACAGUUCCUCUUCUGUAAGUGUGAAUAAUUUUAAGGGUCUCGAAAACUAUGUUUUUACUAUGUUAUUAAAUUAGGAUUGAUACGAUAUUUAAUUAUAAAUCAGUAUGAUCACUUGAAUAUUACACAAAUUUCCAGUUACUUUCUGACAACGGCUUUUAUGAAUACAUUGAUAAUUUAACUACAUUUACAUAUUUUGCUUGGAAUAAAUUAUGCGAAUCUUAUAUAAGGAUCUAUAUGAAGUUUUUAAUCUAUGUCAGCGAUUUCCAACAAAUUGAAAAAUUUAAAAUUUUAUGUCAUACUUAUGGAAGUGAACACGAAUCCCAAAUGCAAGGUACACGUAUCAUUGUCCAGUGGGACGAUAGAAGUAAUCACCCUCAUUUUUGUUUACGUCCGUAUCGAUCAUACGACGAACGGAUACUUUCGAACGAAUACGAAUAAACCAUUCUUUUUUUUUCACUCGAAUGAUUUUGAAUGCUACUCAUUUGCCACAAAAUAUUUAAAUAUCAGUAAACUUCUUCAAAUAAAUGCUAAGCCUUGAUGAAAUCAGCCCAAUUCUUGUGAUUAACCAUAUGUGAAACGCUAGAAUGUAUGCCAGUUUAGUCUCGAACAAUACAUGUAUUCAAACAUCAUUGGUAGGAACGAAAAGAUCCAUUCUCGUUUACAGACGAAUAGACGAAAUGCCGUGGUUGGGAUUCAUCAGAUUUUAAUGUUGCGAAU